CUCGUUUUCUCACCACACCCUUACGCCUGCCAGUCUCGCACUUCUCCUAGCGCAAAGCGACGCGGUUUUUCUAGCAGCCUGCUCAUUAGCUUGUCGCAAAAAAACAACCCCAGCCUGCUUUCUUUGUAACGCCGUUGUAUGAACAAGUUGGGUUACAACUCCAAAGAAUCACCACCGUUUCCAGCUGAAGCCCGUAAUUUCCAGCUAAUUAGCAAGAACGUAGCUACUACUACAUCACAAACUUGGCGAUUUGAAGAAAGUUUCUUUUAAAGCACUUCGUCGUUUCCUUUUUCGAAAGCUCCUCGCUGAGCCUGGCACACCUCGCCCCCAGAAUUUGUUUAGGUGUCUGGUUGAGGCACGCCCUCGCGCAAGUACCGCCACCAAAACCCUCUGCGAUGGUGGGGGCAUGGCUUCCACUCUUCUUUCUUUGGCUUGUCGCCGUCGCCUCCUCGUGCCACGCACUACUAGUACUGCCUAUCCAAGAUACUCAAGCGGCGGUUCUCAGCGACUGCCAGAAGGCAUGGGGGAGGACGUUCCAGGGGUGGACGCAGGGAGCGGACUGCAACCUGUUCAACCCCAUGGAUGAGCCUUGUGCAUGUGUCACCUCUGAUCCAACUUGCUCAUGUGCCACACCCAUUCGCUGUGACAGCAGAGGCAUGAUUUCCCUCUUGGAUCUCACGGGGCUCUCUUUGACCGGCUCCAUUCCCAACAGCAUCAGCUUGCUCACUGCACUGACAUGGCUAGAUUUAAGCGUCAAUCAGCUCAACGGGCCUAUACCUGCUGGUAUUGGAAAGCUCUCUUCCUUGGUCUUGCUGAAUCUAGGAAACAACUCUUUGACGGGCUCCAUUCCCGACAGCAUCGCCUCGCUCACUGCACUCGAAACAUUAGAUUUGAGCAAUAAUCAGCUCACCGGGCCAAUUCCAGCUGGUAUUGGAAAUCUCUCUUUGUUGAUAUACUUGACACUAAACAGCAAUUCUUGGACUGGCUCCAUCCCUGAGACCAUCACCUCACUCACUGCACUGGCAUGGCUAGAUCUAAGCAAGAAUCGGCUCACCGGGCCUAUUCCAGCUGGCAUUGGAAGCCUCUCUUCCAUGAGCUUUCUGGAUAUGGGGUGGAACUUUUUGACCGGCUCCAUUCCCAACAGCAUCACCUCCCUUUCUGCACUCCGGCUCAUGAAUCUCUAUAGGAACUCUUUGACUGGCUCCAUUCCCAACAGCAUCACCUCGCUCACGGCAAUGAUAUAUAUGGGUCUAUAUGAGAACUCGUUGACCGGCUCCAUUCCCAACAGCAUCACAUCGCUCACAGCACUGAGAUUUUUGUCGUUCGCUGACAACAAGCUUACAGGGCCUAUUCCACCUCGGAUUGGAAACCUCUUUUUCUUGGAAGUUCUAAAUAUAAGUGUAAACCACUUAAGUGGGUCCAUUCCAACUACGGUUGGCAGCAUGGCGGGGUUAAAGUAUCUAUCGUUAAGUGGGAAUCGCUUGACUGGGCCCAUUCCAGCUGUUCUUGGCCAGAUGGUCAGCUUGCAGGAUCUGUAUCUGCACAACAACAGUCUAUCCGGACCCAUCCCAGCAUCAAUUGGAAACCUCUUCAACAUGCAGAAGCUAAAUCUUAGUGAGAAUCACUUGAGGGGGUCCAUUCCAGCUACUCUUGGCAGCUUGACCAGAACGGAGUAUCUGUCUCUUGGGAACAACAAUCUGUCUGGACCCAUCCCGAGAUCAGUUGUGAACCUAGUCAACUUGAAGUACAUAUCCGUUGCUAACAAUGAACUGAAUGGCACCAUUCCCGAUUUGAUUAGCAGCCUCUCCAAGCUCGAAUCCUUUAAAGUAUCCAAUAACAAGCUCAGUGGGUCCAUUCCAAGCACCAUGCGCAGCCUUGCCAAGCUUCAAUUCCUGCACAUGAAUGACAACCUCUUCUCUGGGCACAUUACAGGCAUCAUCAACCUACCGUUUCUGAUAGAACUGGAUCUUGGCAACAACAUGCUGAAUGGCUCCAUUCCUGAGCUGAUCAAUCAAGUCUCGGAACGCACAUACAUGGUGCUGAGUGGUAAUCAGCUGAGUGGGCCCAUCCCGACCUCUAUUGCCUACUGCAAACAGCUGCAACUCCUGUGGUUAGACAGCAACUCGUUAAGUGGCCCUCUACCAGACAUGAUUGGCACCCUAUCAAGGCUUAUCUCCCUGAGAGUCAACAAUACGGGCCUCAACGGAGCGCUGCCAAAAUCUCUUGGAACUCUCAUGUCGCUCGACUCGCUAAGCAUAAGUGGCACUAACCUCACGUGUCCUGCUGACCACACCAGCUGUGGCCCAACCCAGUCACUUGAAUCGAUCUUCUGCAAGCUGUGUGACUCAUUCUGCAGAACGUGCGGCCAUGCAACCGAUACCACCACCACCACCGUCACCACCAGCAGCAGCGGCAGUGAGUCUUCGUCAGCAGCCGCAUCUGGUGGAGGAGGAGGUGUAUCGGUGGGAGUCAUCAUUGGCAUUGCUGUUGCUGCUGUGGUCAUUCUCCUGCUUCUGGUUGCCGUAUUGCUCUACUUCAGACACAAGAGGCAGCAGAAGCCAAAAGGCGUGGCUGCCAGCCUAGCAGCCUCCCACUGCACGGAGUUCUCUCUGGCUGAGGUCCUCAAGGCCACCAACGAUUGGUCGGAGGACAACCAGCUUGGCUCGGGUGCCUUUGGUGAUGUCUACAAGGGCGUGUCUCCCCGUGAUGGCACCACAGUGUGGGCUGUGAAGCGAGCCAAGCUGAUCGACGUGGACUUUCAGAAGGAGAUCCAGCAGAUGGCCGACAAGAACCAUCCCAACAUUGUGCGGCUGCUUGGGUUUGCUGUGGGAGGGGACUUGAGGACACGGCCGGAGCAAGUCCUCAUCUACGAGUUUGUGCCUAACGGUGACCUGCAAAGUUGGAUGGACCCAAAGGCAAUUAUUCCUCUGAGUCUGCAGCAGCGGCUGGACAUUCUCAUUGGUGCUGCCAGUGGCUUUGAGUACCUCCACAGCUUUGGCAUUGUGCAUCGCGACAUCAAACCCGCCAACAUCCUCAUCACCAAUGACAUGCAGGCCAAGAUUGCAGACUUUGGGCUUGUGAGGGCGGGAGAGGGCACUACAGUGGGUACCACUCGAGUGAUGGGGACACCGGGCUAUGUGGAUCCAAUAUACUCCCGGACAUCAAAGGCAACCACUGCCAGCGACGUCUACAGCUUUGGCGUGCUCAUGCUUGUGGUCCUCACUGGACGCCCUCCAGUGUCUACGGCUGUAGGAGAGAACAAGCAAAUCCUGUCAUGGGUAUCCGAAUGUCUCUCCUCUGGCUCUGCAGCGAGCCUCAACGACCCCAAGAUGGACGCCCCUGAGGAUGCUGUGCUGCGCGUGGCUGAGCUGGCGAUCAGCUGCACCGUGGAACGCACUGCAAGCCGCCCAACCAUGGCUCACGUUGCCAACGAGCUGCAGGCCAUCCGGGAGGAGGUGGUGGGGAAGGACGAGAUGAACAUCGCCAUCUAGGUGUUGCAGGUGUGCAGGUGAUGCAGUGUACUCAUUCUCAGAGUAGAAAGUUUGACUAGAAUGUGAGCUACAGGGUGGUUUUGUCGAAGGGCGUGUACUCGCUAAGAGUCCGCACCUAUCUAGCCUAUAGUAACAUAUACAUAUAUGUUUGACAUUCAUACGGUAUUUUGAAACCAAAACCCUGAGAGAUCCCAGGCAA